AUGGCAAUAGCAGCAGCUACGGCAGCGGCAGCUUCUAUGGAAUUUUUACAGAGAGUUAGGCUCUUCCAGCAACACUUAUCAAACAAUGGCAGCCAAAUGUUACAUAAUUCUAAUACAAGACAAAUCCCUUCAAAUAACUAUAUUAAUUCUCUUAAUUCUGGGUAA